GUGCAGCUUCAAGCUUUGCGUGGUGAUGUCUCCACAUUGGUCGCAGAGGUCGGGUUGCUGCAAGGGGUCGCCACGACUCGCGCCGAGGUCACCGCCGAUGAGAGGCGGGCAGUGUUGGACGAGGUUGCUGCACUACGAGGGCAGAUGUCCACUGUAUUGCAUACGCUAGCUUUGGCGCUCCAGGACCAGCCUGGCAAGACAGAAUCUGAACUUUACGCUGCCGUUGCUGGGUUGUCAAAGCUUUGUGAAACAACGUUGCGACAUUGCCAAGAGACGGCAGGUGCCCAGGUGGCAGUGGCCGCAAAGCUAGCGGAGCUGCAGGAGGAGACCAGCGUUGUUGCAGCGGCCUUGCAUCGCUUGCGCGGCAUUUUCCAGGAGAUUGGUAUUCCGGAGUCUUGCGGACCUGAACAUCAACGACAAGAAGUCCGCCGCUUGCUGGAGCAGCGUGCCCAAGUGAACUUGCCAAGCACUCAUGGAGAUACGCCACUUAUGCUGGCAGUGCGCGCUGCAGGCAGCCUGGGCACCUCUGAGUUGCCAAAUCGCUUAGCCGUGGUUCGCGAGCUUUUGGUCAUGCGGGCCCAGCCGGACACAGCAGAUUCAGAGGGUGAGACAGCUCUCAUGGAGGCCGUGUGCAUGGGCGACCUGUCCUUGUGCGGCUUGCUGCUGGAGGCAAGGGCAGACCCUGAGCGCCAGAGCUCAGCCGGGGCCAAAGCACAGGACUUUUGCAGCAAUGAGGAGCUUUCAAGGCUGCUGCUCUCCUGGAGCUCCCGAGUCACGAACAUUCAGGGGCUGCCCUGGGAACGUCAUCCUUCCGCACCAGAGGUGUUUGCGAUGGAUGCUGAUGACUCACCCAGGAGCGGCAGUUUCAAGGAGGAUGACGACAUUCCAACAGCCUCAGCUAGUGAGGCACCUCAAGAGAUGCCCGGGUCCAGUGAAGAGAAGCUGCUGAGUAUCGCCCAGGAUGUUGGAGGUGGGAAAACUCUUCGUGAACUAUUGGAAGGUCGAGCAGAUCCUAAUUGCCGCAAUUUUAUGCAGGAGGCAGUUCUGCUCCUGGCAGUGCGGGCAUCUUCCCAGCGGAGAGGACAACAGUCAGAUGCAGAGCGUUUGGAGUCAGUGCGCAUACUGCUGCACUGCCGGGCAGACCCGGACGUCAAUGACGACCAAGGGGAGACGCCACUGAUGGAGGCGGCCUGCUUGGGAGAUCUUCCAAUUUGCCGCUUGCUGCUUGAGAAGCGCGCGUCUUUGACUCACGCCAGUGCUACAGGCGCUACAGCGCUCCAGUUUGCUCAGGAGCAUGACGACGUUCUCAGGUGUUUUCAAGCCAUGCAUUCUGGCUUCUCAGAAGAGGAAGUCGAGCGUGAGCAGGGCCAGCAGGAAAUAACAGAAAAUCUGAAGCCAGAGGCAUUUUUUCCAGAGUGGCUGAGAGGUGCUGAUGCAGAUUAUGCCGAUCCGACAGCCACUGCAGCAACUGAUGCAACCGCCAAGGCUGUCCGUCCACCAGCGGUUAGAACACUUUGGGAACUGGCUGCGCUACAGGAUGCACAAGCCAUUCGGGAGUUGUCUUUCAGUGAGAGCAUCAAUAUCAAUCAAGUGGACGCAGACGGCUACACCGCACUCCAUGUUUCUUUAUUUUCUCCUUGUCUUGAUGGAGGAAAAGCUCAGAUUGAUACAGUUCGAUGCUUGCUGUUGGUGCGGGCUGAUCCCAACUUCAGAGGAGGGAAAGAAUUGCCACUGAAGGUUGCCGCAGAAAGCGUGCUUCCGCCUACGCGACUGGAAGUCAUGCGCCUCCUACUGGAGGCUCGUGCGCAAGCAGCGACAAGUGAUGAGGAGCCAAAGCCUAAGCCGCCGAAGCAGCGCAGCUCUGAAGCCAAUGCAGAAGUUUCUGCUGAUUUGCUUUUCGAAGCAGCUGAAAGCCACGCAGCCAAGCGACUCUCGCUACUGACAGAUCCAACACUUGCAAACUGCUGCGAUGCUGAUGGCCACAGCUUGCUACAUCGCUGUCUCAUGGCGCCACCCUUUGACAUGAAUGGACAAGAACAACUUGUAGAAACCGUCAAGGCUCUUUUGACAAGUCGUGCCACUCCGAACAAGCAAAAUGCACGUGGAGAGUCUCCUCUACUUCUUACAGUGCGGGGCUCAUCCUCGGGGCGUCUCAAGGUGCUGCGGCAACUGAUGAAAGCCAAUGCAGAUAGCAAUCUGGGAGAUGCGCAGGACACCACUCCACUCAUCGAGGCAGUGCGCUUUGGCGACCUUGAGGUGUGCCGCUUGCUGUUGGAUCGGGGUGCCGAUGCACAGCUUCGUGGUGCUCAUGGAUUGAGUGCAGUGGACUUGGCAUGGCGAUCAUCCUCCAAGAUGCGAGAAGUCUUUGAAAGUCAAGGCUUGAGCCCACAGGACUGCACGGCGCAGCCAGAAGGAGGAAGUGUGGAGCUUUCUCUCCGCCAUGCAUCUACCCAACUCGAACGAGUGAUCUCUGUGCCAGCAGACGCCUCCAUCCGAGAUGUCAAGAAGAUGUUUGUGCGGCUAACUCAGCGUGGUUCCUGGCGUCGGCUGGCUCUCCUUUGCGACGACACUGGGCGAUUGCUCCGGGAUGGCGAUCCAUUGGGGGUCCGACGCCGGCUCCUGGUGGCUGAUGCCAAAGCAAUCCCUACAGAGGAAGAACUGCCAGAGGAGGAGCAAUGGUUACGAUGGACGUUAGAGGAGCUGCAACAAGAAGCUCAGCAACGGGGGCUUCGACUUGUGCAUGCUACUCGCGAAACCUUGCUGACAUGUCUCCACCAGGCGAGGUCAUGGGAGGCACUCUCUUCCGGCGAUCUUCGACAAGAGUCAAUGCGCCGAGGGCUGCCCGAGAGCUGCGACCGCAAAGAAGUCUUGCACAUGCUGAAGCAAGACCUGAGUUGGGAGCACAUGGAAGAGGUGGAGUUGAAGGAGGAUUGUUUGCUACAAAGAGUUGCCUUGCCCGAAGCACAGGAGACGCUCCUUUUUGUGCGGGCGAUGAGGUCCCGACUGCGACAGGCACUUCGCUGGCAGCACUUGGAUUCCUACCGUUUGAAUGAGCACUUGUCAAUCUUGUUGUUUUCAUUGUCAUUUGAAUGA